AAAAGUUAUUACUCCUCGAGAAGUUUGUCAGGACAUGUCAGAACAUUUUGUAUUGUAAUUUGUUGCUUAUUGCGCUGUCUGAACCUUGCUGCCAAGUAAAUGAUCUUCAUGGAAAUGAUACAGCAGUGGCCUCAUUCAGAAAGAUAAUCUACUCUGCCACACAGGAAAAAAAAAAAUCAAACGAUUGACAUAAAACCAGUUAUUAGUGUUCAAACUGUCCAGAUCUUGAGACGGCAUGCACAAGUUUAGUUGAGUCCUGAGGACAUACAGUAUGUUCGAUUUUAUUUAUUUAACCUUUAUUUACCAAGGGAAAUCCCAUUAAUAUCACAAAUUGUUUAAUGCAAGGGAGGCCUGGGCUCGAAGGCAGCCUAAGCAUGCAAGUUUUUUUUUUUUUUUUUUUGUGGGAGGAAACCAUAAAAAAUCCACAUAAACAUGAGAAUAUGCAAAUUCCACACAGAAAGACCUCUUGUUCCAACCAGGGAUUGGAUCCAGGACCUUCUUGCUGUGAGGAAUCUGAGCCAUUGUGCUGUUUUUAAAGAAGUUUAGAUUUGUUUACUGUAAGAUCCAGAUAUUUCUUGUGAUAUAGGAUGGUUUUUGGCCCUUUUUUGACAGUCCAGGGUUUAACCGUUUACCUCGCCCAUCUGUCACCUUCUCAUUCACUGACAUUAGGGCAGGCCGUCCAUUAUCAAGACAGACAUACUGUCUACAUGGCUACCAUUAGCCACAACAACAAACCCCUGCUGGGCCCCUGGCAAAGCAAGCUUGUUAAAUGUGUGGACGCAUUGUUCUUCCAAAUUGGUCUGGGACACUUAAUUGCCCAGUUAGUCACCUUAUGGGUUGAAGCCAUCUAAACACCAAUCUGAAAGCAGCCUCCACUCAUCAGAUGGAGCAUGUUGUAAAAUGUCUCUUAGCUCUGGCUGGUUACAUAUUCAUUGUUUUUCAGGGCCACAUAAAUAAGGUGAGGGCCAAUCAGGGAUGGCCUUAGUUUGACUGAUUUAGUGAAGUCAGAGACCUCUCUAAUCCAAGAGGCAAAAGACCCAGAGGGAUCAGUCGUAGAUUACCAUCUAAAUCUGGAGACAGACAGCAUUCAAACAAAUAUGUUCUAAUGUAAGGUUGUUGGGUUAGGAAAUCUAAAUACUUGAAACAGAAUGGAUGAAAGAGAUGUUUGAACUGCACUGUAUAAAUCUAACAACAAAGCAUUUUGCUGUUAUUUAACAAAAAAAGCACUAGCUACUCUGAAUAAUGUAGACUUUAUUCAUGCAUUGCAUGUAUAAUAAAUUUGCAAUAUUAUACACGUUUGAAGUGCUUUAUAUGAUCUGUUUGCAUGGAUACAAGUGUUUUCUAGAGCUUUAUAUGUGACCCUGAUAUGACAGUCAAUAGUAUUACAGAAAAGUAUUCUCUUCUAUCAAGCAGAUUAGUAAACGAGGUAGGAUAUUUAAAUAGACUGUUCUGCCAAUCCAGUCCUUAAGGUGCUCACUGUUUUCUUCCACCCAGAGAAAUGUCUCUGAUACAAAUUAAACAAUGUGAUAAUUAUUAUUUUAGUUUAGUUGGUUUUGUGAAUCGUUUUUAAUUUUCACAAGCAAAUGCAGCAGAUUUGUGUUGCUGGUUUUCACUCAUUGAAUCUGGAGUGUGAUUGCCCAUAACCCCCCUCCUGCUCACACACCCACUAUCAGCUUACUGCUCCCUCUCUCUGUCUGCAGAGAUCACAAAACAAGCUGUUGUCUCCAAACACAUCGUCUCUAAGUCUUUUGAUAGGUAGUUGAUAACAGACUGGCAGACUGAUGGGGGGCUCACCUUGCUGUAUAUAAGGAAACCUGAAUAAACAGCAAAGUCUCCACAGAACAUCAAGAGACACACGGCUGCAGUGGAAGUUCUUUCAUUCACCUUAUGCGCUGUUGAGACUUUAGUAACUUUGUCAACAUGGCUGUGUUCUUCGCUGUGGUUCUCGUCACUGUGACAUCCUCAUCCUUGGCAUUCGACAUGAGUCAGUCCACUCGUUGCGUCACCAUCCCGAACCAGAUGAGAAUCUGCAAAGACGUUGGUUACUCUGAGAUGCGGCUGCCGAACUUUUUAGGUCACAGUAACCUAGGAGAGGUGGUUCCCCAUUCAGAGGACUGGAGGUCCUUGUUGCAAACAGGCUGCCACCCUCAAGCGCAGACCUUCCUCUGCUCAAUCAUUGCACCUGUCUGCCUUGACACUUUUAUCCAGCCUUGCCGCAGCCUGUGUGUGGCAGUGAGAGACAGUUGUGCCCCAGUGCUGGCUUGCCAGGGUCACCUGUGGCCUGAGGCUUUUGACUGUGACCGCUUCCCAACUGAUGAAGAUAUAUGUCUAAGUCCCCAUGGAAAAUUCAACCACUUUUUCAAAGAUAUACCUAAACCGGUUUGCCAAAACUGCCCCUUUGUAGAAGCAUCUCCAGCAGUGAAAACAGUCCUAAGUGCCUUUUGCCACUAUGACUUUGCUGUGACUGCCAAACUCCACCGUCUUCGUCGCUCCACAGGAGAGCCGGAGUUUCAGGUGGAGGGUCGAGUUGAGUUCAUCCGUCAGGGCCCACUAUUGCCUUACGACACCCAGCAUCUGCUGCAGGAGUGGCUCCUCAUCAACCUCCGAUGUGCCAGUGCUUUAGUGCGUCCAGGACGCUCCCAGCUGUACGUGCUGACAGGCUCUGUGCUGCCUAACGGCGCUGUCGCUCUAACUCAUCUUUUUCCCUGGCACAAAAAGGAUGCAGGCAUUGCCUUGGCCACUCGCAAGUGGAAGCACCACAGGUGUUGAAAAACAAUUGUCAGAAUUUAAAGUGCCUGUCAAAAUGAUCUUUUUUUUUACUCCUGGCAUGUCUUGUACUCAAAACUGUAAAUAAAUCAAAGUAAAUAUAUGUUUGACAUUUUUGUGUAACGUAGUCUAUAAAAACGACAUUAAAUAUUGGUGAAAAAGAAAUAAAACUUGCUUUGUGAAGUGUAAGAUUUUUCACUUUCAUCCUAGAUGUAUCAUGCACAGUUUCUCUGUAAUUCACAUUAAAAAUGUCUUCACAGCAAAAA